UAAUAAUACUUCAGUACUUAAUUAUCCCCCCUAUUUUCCUCAGUUGGUUUGUUCCUAAUGUUCUCAUCAUAUCAGGAAGUGAAGGGCGGUGGUUGAGAAAAAGAGCAGCAUCGGGCUAGCUGACAAGUCUCAGAUUGUUGUCAGGUAAGAAAAACAGUCAACAUGUCUAGCAAAAAAGCAAAGGGAAAGACCACGAAGAAGCGCCCUCAGCGCGCGACUUCCAAUGUCUUCGCCAUGUUUGACCAGUCUCAGAUCCAGGAGUUCAAAGAGGCUUUCAACAUGAUUGACCAGAACCGUGAUGGGUUUGUGGACAAAGAGGAUCUUCACGACAUGCUGGCCUCAUUGGGGAAAAAUCCAACAGAUGAGUACCUGGAGGCCAUGAUGAUGGAAGCUCCUGGACCCAUUAACUUCACCAUGUUCCUCACCAUGUUUGGAGAGAAACUCAAUGGCACAGACCCUGAGGAUGUGAUCAGAAAUGCGUUUGCUUGCUUUGAUGAGGAGGGAACAGGUUUCAUCCAGGAAGAUUACCUCAGAGAGCUGCUCACAACAAUGGGUGACCGGUUUACAGAUGAGGAGGUGGACGAGCUCUUCAGAGAGGCCCCCAUCGACAAGAAAAGCAACUUCAACUACGUGGAGUUCACACGCAUCCUAAAGCACGGUGCCAAGGACAAGGACGAUUAAAAGAGCCAUACCAGCAUAUCCCUCUCCACCCUCUUGGCCUCUUCGUCAGCUAGAUCACCGAGCUGCAUGUCUCAACUCUCCAGAAUAAACCCCAUUUUAAACAAACCAAAGCAAUAACUAAUCCACUCUUGUUGGUUGUGACCUUCCAGUAUUGCCAAAUGCACUCAUCUCUAAUGAGAAGAAAAAAAUUCUAAUGUUGUAAAAUGUUUUUCCUGUCAUAUAAAGAUGUGAAGUGGCAAUACCUUGGAAGCUCUAAGGGAUAAGUCUUUGCAAUUCACGCGAUCGGGUUUAGCUGAAUUUUUACAUUUUAUAAUAUAAACUUUUUAAAUAAAGCCCUCUAUCAAGUUGUACUUUGACUGUUUCUCUUCCAUAAAUGACAACUGAAAUACG